UGUCUGUCUGUCGGGGUUUGUUUAUUUAUAGCCUAUUUUCUGUCACUCGAAUGAGCUUUUUGGGGAAGGUGGAAGUGAAAUAAACUCUGUGAUUGUCCCGUUUAAACAAAUUCCUACAAGACAUUUUCACAUCCCCUUUAACCCUGGCCCUCUUUUGCAUUUCAACGCGGGAUUUAAUAAAGGCUGCUAUAAUGCAAAUACCAGCCUGCUUUGACAUUGGAAACAACACGUGGUCUGCAUUUUAGACAUGUGGGACAAAGGGCACGAUGAGAAGUUGGACCACCAGGGCUGACUGGCCUACACAGGAGAAACAAACAGUCACUAAACAGCAGGAGGAGAGCAUAUUUCCACAACCCAUAAAUCACUCUGGAAGAAGAAAGGCCUUUUAUCUUAUCUUUCUGAUUAGCUUUCAUUUCUGGGCCACAUAAAUCUUUAGGACCUGGGCAAAGAUAAGGAAACGGUGUCCUGAAAGUACAGUUAGAUUAGUUUUUAUAAUUAGAAUAAUAACACAAUUUACCUGAGAAAUAAUACCCGCUCGUCUGUCUCCUGUGUCCACAUUUUAGUUUGUCCUUUGUCUGUUAUUGAUUAACUUGGACUCGUGACCUUUUAAGGCCAUUGUGAUUAAUAUAUGGAAAAUAUUUGUCUUGUUCCACUUUGAUGGUCACAGAUUUGUGCCGAGAGGCUUUUCUGAUUCACUGUUGUUUCUGGUGGGUGCACAGUGUCUGCUGCUUUCAGAGAGGCAGUGGGAGCGGGUGCACUCUUCUGUCAUGAGGUUAACAUGUGGUUCAAUCACCAAAGUGAUGAUGUCUUCCCCCGGAUAGAGAAGUAUCAGCGGCUGACUCAUCUCACCACUGCAGCAGCCUGUGACCGUGACAAGGCACAUUGGGAGAAAUUCCCCAGAAAAACACAGGAGAGAGUUUAAUUAUCACCAGACAUGAACGAUUUCUCAUUUCACUGUGUGUCUUCUGUGAGAUUCUGGACAGUUGUCUGUAUGCAGGGAAUGACGACUCAUUUUAAGACGAGCAAAGCUUUAAAGGUCAAGAGGGAGACUGGCGAAAAUGCCCCGGCGCUCAGUGAUGAUGAGUUGGUAGCCAUGUCCGUGCGGGAGCUCAACCAGCACCUGCGUGGGUUGACCAAAGAGGAUGUUGUGCGAUUGAAGCAGCGGCGACGGACCCUGAAAAACCGGGGCUACGCCGCCAGCUGCCGCAUCAAACGUGUCACCCAGAAGGAGGAGCUGGAGAGACAAAAGAUAGAGCUGCAGCAAGAGGUGGACAAGCUGGCACGUGAGAAUGCCAGCAUGAGGUUGGAGCUGGAUGCCCUGCGAGCCAAGUAUGAGGCCCUGCAAUGUUUUGCCCGGACUGUGACCCGCGGGCCCCUCUCGCCGGGAAAGGUGGCCACCACCAGCGUUAUCACCAUCGUCAAGUCCGCCAACCACAACAACUCCAGCCCGACCCCGUUCUCAGCUCCCUCCUAGUGUUGACAGGACUGGGCUCUCCUUCUCCUGCCUGGUCCUUCCCGGUUCUGACCCAGCCUGAACCCACUCAUCCUGUACUGAGAGGAUGCUCAGUAGUUAGACUGAGGGAUGGAAUGGGGUGGCAAAAGCUCUAUUUGAUGUUAUGCUGCAUUCACAACUCUGUCUCCCUCCUUCUGUCUCUCUUACACAAUAUACGUUGUCUGUGCACUGUGCAAACCCCCCCGCCCCUUCCCGACCCCCAGCACCGGCAGGGUAUUGGACCUCUGUGACCCUUCCAAAAUGACUGAUAGCAGAGAUUUGCUUUUACUCCAGUGUGAAAAAGUAUUUGACAUGCCUUACUGUGGCCGCACUGGCCUAGGACAGCACUUAUACUUAAUGCUAUUAAGUAUAAAAUAAGAGAUUUAAGUAGUACAUAUUUGACAGUAAAGCUAUCUGUGAAGCCUAUGCCAAAUCACAUUUUCUUGUGUCUCAAUGUAAAUUGAGCCUUUGAAGCUCUUGCCUUAAAAGGAUCAGUGAGUGAUCUAUAUAAAUUAUUAUCUAAUAAUUGCAUGUAGUUUAACACAAGAUGAUUUAUCGUUCCAGCUUUGAGGUUACCAGUGGUUUCAAACCAGUUGCCUUUAAGUGCCAGCCAAACACAACAACAGAUGUUUUCACUGAUUAGUAUCUCUUGUCUUUUUGCUAAGCAAAAAACACCUGUUGUUGAAUUUGGUUGGAGUGAAAACCUGCCAACACAUGGCUGUCUGUGGCCUGUUUGGAGAGUACUGCAUUAUCCAGUUUGAUAACUGACCAAUGUUUAGCUAAAGGUCUCCAUUUGUGAUGCGCAGUUGUUAAUAUAUUUCUGUUUUAGUUAUGCAAAGUUGUACUUGGUGGUCAGUUAAAUAGCCAAAUAGCUAAUUUCAUAUUUAGGAAGUAAUACUAGAGAACAGCAGUCAGUACACUCCAUUAGGGGCUUCCAUACAUGUACUUAUGGUGGUCUAAUUUGGCAGUUUUGAAGUAAUAUUUUUCAUUUGUGUUUGAAGAGUUUAAAACUCAACCAUUAGGCCAGAAUUUGUAUGCAAGCCCUUGCUGGGCUAUAUUGUCUCCCCUUGUAAAAUAUUACUAUAGAUAGCAAUGUAUGUCCUUUUCUCUCCUAUUGGCAACUAAUCCAAGAAAUGCUUGAUGCUAGUAUUUUGGUUGAGAAAUGAUUUGUCAGUGGGACUGAAAAGUGAUACAGUGUACAGUUACAGUUAGCCAUGUUUCUGAAGACAGGGUGUUGGUCAGGCGCUGCAAGUGAUCCUGUUUGCGUCUUUGUGGCCCUUUUGAAUAUUUGAAUAUAAGAUAUUUUUCAAAAUGUAUGCUUCUAAUAUUUUGAAAGAGCUGUUUUCCACAUAUUAGGAAUUCUACUUGUUAAAAUAGGUAGAUUUGGGAAUGUUAAAUUAGAAAAAUAUUAAGGAGCAUUUUGGGCCAUAUUUGUUUGGAUUCAUAAGAUUUGACAUUGCCCAGUGCCUAUCAUUACAUAGCACUUAAAAGGAAACUGUUAAGAUACAGUAUAAGAGAAAAUAAUUCACAGGGCAACUCAUCCCUAGAAUUGCAGAAGAUGACGAAGAAAAACUGUUCUUGCCUUGUUUAAGUUACUGGGGCUUAAUUGCAUGAUGAUUCAAUGUGGUGUGACCACUUACUGCAAGGUCAAGCCUAUUGUAACUAAGGAUGGUAUACUGUCUAUGUAUGCUGCAGCACUGAUUGGGUGAUGUUUUGCCUCUUUUCUUAUAUAUGCCACUCUUUGGUAGGUAAUCCAUAUUGGAUAUAGUGAUAAUGAGAGAGGUCCUUACAAGUGAAAUGCAAUUCAACUUACUUCCUGUAUAUUACAGACUACCGAAAUGACAAAGCUCUCACUGCCUCCGUUGUCACUUUACAUUGAGAACUCCGUCCAAAUAGAAAUCAUUCCUACUGCUGGGUCACGAGAAGUGCUGCUGCUGGUGUUGGUAACUCUGAUACAGUAGCUAUUUACCUUGCUUUUGACACACUCUUCUGCAAGAGAACUCCUGACACCCAUCUCUAGAAACAGUGGUGUCAUGACAACUAAAUGCAGUAAACGCCUUCCUCCUGUUGUACAUUUUGAGAUAUUUAAAUAUGAAAUUAACUUGAAAUCAAGCCGUUCUUACCGAGGAUCCAUUCCUAAUUUGGAGUGAAGUCAAUAGAGAUUGUUCAUGUCAGGAUUCUCUCUUGGCUAAGAGGACAUGACUGUUCUUCCCCUGUUCCAUAGCUGCAAAGAACAGUAUGGGGAACUUUGCUGCUGUACAACCUGCUGUGAUUUUUUAAGCAGGGGCAUUGCUGUGUUCUUACUCUCAUUUUGUAUUUUCACUUGGUUUCUAUGUUGAUACAUCCCAUGUCCUCUUUCUGAUACUUAGUUUUGUAUGCAUAUACAGUAUAUAAAUAUAUAUAAAUAUAUAUAUUGCAUAUUUUUCUAUAUUUAUGUCUUUUACUAUCCUGGGAGUGGUGUGAUUAUGUAAUCAUUCUUUGAAGUCUAAUUAUGUUGAUGCUGACCUUUUCCUGAAAAAGUUGUAUUCACAUUUACAAUGAGAAAACUAUUCUCAUAACUUAAGUCUUCUUUGUGAGUAUUUAUACCCCAUGAAUAGUUCUUCUCAGCACAUUUACUAUUUGUCUAAUUCACAAAUUGGACAGGGUGUGUCUAGGGUUACAUACAGGCUGCAGCUAAUUAUCAACAGUCAAGAAUGAAUUGCUUAUAAACUGGGAAAUUACAUUCUGACUGCAGAUUCACAUUGUUAGGAAAGACCCCAUGGGCAUCUGCCAUAUUUUACUUCAUAAUUUGUAAAUCUGUUAUAAUGUCUGAGUGUCGCAACAAACAAUACAAAUUAAAAUGUAAUUCAUUAAGAGGCUGGUAGUCAAAAUAUAUAUGUCAAAGGAAUUUAAAGGUAACACAUUCAAAAUUAUUUCUGUAUCAUUUGGAUGGAAAUGUAUGCCAAACAUUUACUUUACUUUACUUUAGCAUGGACUCAGUGAUCUCAAAUAUUGAAAACAAUUGUACAUAAUUCAAGAGCACAUUGGUCUGAUGUGAUCAGAUUUAAAAUGGUGUAAUAUUGACUACAUGUUCAGUUCUCAGUUGGGCCUUCAGGGGCUCAUUAGCUUUAGAAAUAACAAAUAAAGAAUAUUUCAUUUAGAAAAAGAGAACAUUUGCUCUUAUUUUGGAGUAUUACCCUACACAUGAACCUAGUCAGUUCUGAUGAUGGUAAUGCUUUUAUAACCGCUAGGAAACCUUACCAGAAAAUAAUUCUAAAGCCUGUCCACUAAGGCCCUUUUAAGUUUAAGGUCUGUUAUAAGCCUGAGUUAAGAUUGAGUCAGAAGAGUAUAUAGAUACAUACAUACAACAUGUUUACAAAAGUCAUUUUUCAUCACAUUAACUUACAAAACCAUUACAGUGACCUCUUAUGAUAGACUUUCAAAAUAAAAUGCUGUAAAAUUAAGCAUUUAAAUUUUUUUAGCACUUAUUAUUAAAUGUGGAUAUGAGUUGGUUGCUUUUUGAGAGCACACCUUAAAUUAAUAUUGAUAUAUAAUAUAAAAAAUGUUAACGUUUAUAUUUCCGUAUCUUCUAAAAGACAAACCUUUAUCCAGGUGAAACAAGUACUUUGUUGUAAAUCCUACAUCCAGUGUGACCAAGCAGAGGUCCAUUCAUGCUCUCAAACACAUGUUGCUCUUCGGUUAGCGUACCACAAGCAAGUAUUUGCGUUGUGUUUUUUUUUUACAAGACAUUGUUUUCUUAAAUAAAAGGAGACCUUCAAAAAGUUAUUCAGUCAAUCAUUUUAGGGAGCAUUAUACAGAAAUGUAGUUACGGUUAUGGGUGAAAACAGGCAUAACCAUUUCCUUCCAAGGAUGUUUACUGGGUCUCAGCAGCCUUUUUACUUCUUACCCACAGUUGAAGUGACUGAAUCAUGUCAUACUAGGGAGCUGUAAAGAAACUUUCAGAUAUCAGCAGUUAUUUUACAUUUUUAUAUGAACCAUAACAAUGCAAAUGUAUUAGGUUGCUCAUAUGUAUUGACUAGGUAUUCAAGGUUAAUUUAAAAUUUCUUCCUGAAAACAUGUCAUUGAUUAAAUAAGCUUUCAUACACAGCUUUGCCAGUCCUACAAGCUACAGUAUUUAAUUCUAGCCAUGUAGAAAGUCAGUUUUAUUAUUGUAGAUUGAAGCGGUUUGGACUAUAAAUUCAGAAGAAGUUCCAUAAUAUAAGGAACUAAGCAUGUGUGUGGAUGCUAUGGUUGUGGGUGAAAUGCAUUACGUUAUGUUAUUAAGUUUUUAUGUUUGUAUUUUAGAAUAAAUUGAUUUCCUUGUUCUAGUCUUGUGGUUACAUGUUGAGGCUUAAUUAGUGACUGUCAAUAAAUAGUGACUGUAAACGAGGACAGUAAUAAGGCAGCAUAAACUGAUUACGUACCCUUCACAACUUGACAUUACUCUGCUCAUAUAUAUUUUAUAUUUAUUUCAUUGAAUUGUGUAAUUUUAUUAAAAAAAAACACCUAAAUUAUUUUUAUUUUACAUGUUUUCUCAAUGAACUACCCUCAUGUACAAAUAAAAUCUGUAUUUGUUUCUGCUCUGAUUUAAAGUAUGGUAAAUUAUUCUUAUAAAUAGGUCUGCUGUGUCUGUUUUUGUACUUUCAAAUAAAGCUUUUUUUUCCUCAU